UGAAUCGUUUGGGGCUCCAGAAUAAGCGAAGCAAAAAUCAAAUUGCCCACCUACAUGCUGACGUACUUUAACGGCCGGGGUCGUGGAGAGCCCAUCAGACUUCUGUUCGCAGCCGGCGGGAUUCAGUACGAGGACGUCCGUAUCGAAGGUGCACAGUGGCCGGCACUGAAGCCAAACACUCCGUUUGGGCAUUUGCCUGUCCUGGAGGUGGACGGAGUCACCCUUAGUGAGAGCACCACAAUCGCUCGCUUCGUGGCGAAAAGGGCCGGUUUAGCGGGAGAAGGCGAUGUACAGCAGGCGAGGGCAGACAUGGUUGUGGACGCCGUUAGGGACAUCUUUGGCAAGGUGGCGGCGGCGUUCACCGAGAAAGACGAAACCAGGAAGAAAAUCGUGGCGGUGAGCUGGAGCGGUGAAGGUUCACGUCUGCUCUGGCUGGAGGUUCGCGGCGAUGUGUUUACAACGUCUGUUGUACUGUUCUAUGACGUCACUAACGACUACUGGUGCUAG